GCUCAGGGAGGACAGGAUCUCCAUCAAAAUCUUACUGGGGGACAUCGAGUUCAUCAAGUCACUUAAAAGGAGGAAAGACCAAGAAGAGAAAUCCUUUUGAAUUCCAGUUAAGUUCAACGAAGAUUAAGAUGAAGUUAUAGUUUUAAAUUUGAUUUAUGUGACAGCGAUCUCUCUCAUAUCUCUAGAGCAUAUAUCUAUGAAGCAUGUUAGCACUUAGAGAAAGAAACAAAUAAGAGAUGAAAAUACUCUACUGAAACCGCUAUGCAAAGGAAAACAGAGCAGAAAAGGAGACGAUGCAUAGUUUCCUCACACAUGGCACAGGUUCAGCCCGAGACCCUGCUGUGGACCAGGAGGUGGGACACGAAUACUAAACAGCCGAGGAUGAAAAGGACUGCAGAGCACAAAGGUAAUAAGUCAGCUAAAUGGAGCAGCAGCAGCAGCAGCAGCAGCAGCAGCGGGGCCUCUGUAGCUUCACCCCGGGACGGUCUGCGUGCUGCAGGGCUGGGGUCUCCACCUGUCAGCCCACCAUGCGUUUGUCCAUCACCUCGACCACCGGCAGCCCGGUGGAGCUCACUGUCCCCGCAGGAGAGACUGUGGAGGGACUGAGGACACACAUCUCCCAAAGACUCAGACUGCAAACAGACAGAAUCGUCCUCCUGUACAGAGACAGGCAGCUGACUGCAGGAAAACUGUUGGACCUGGGUGUAGCAGAUGGCAGCAAACUGACCCUGGUUCCUGUCAUUGAAGCUGGAUUAGUAUGCUCAACUGCCAGAGCUGAGAAAACUAUGAUGGAUGUUUUGGAAAGUUUAACAGAAGUCGAGAUCGGUGAUUUCCUGUCCGGGCGCUCACCUCUGACCAUUAAUCUGGGAAUUGGUGCCCACAUGAUGUAUGUGCAGCUCCAGCUGUCUGCACAGACUGUGGCGGAGCUGCAGCAGUGCCGGCACUUGAGAGCAGAGAGCUGCAGCGAGCUUCAAACCGGCCUGCCCGCUGCCAUCAGGAUGAGCCGCCCUGACUCUGCCUCAGCCUGGUCCUCCACCAACACCACAGGAUCUGCUACCUCACCUGCUUCCCAAACCCCUACUCCAGCCCCGGACUCUUCUGACUCUACAUCCUCGAUCCUGUUUAGCGCUCAAACACCCAGAACUUCUUUUAACUCAACAGCUCCCAUCUCCCACUCAUCCACCACUGCCUCUGCUGUGAACUGCCAUCACCACUCACCUCCACAUCCGUCCUGUCCUCUCAACUCUACGCACACAUCUUGUCCUAUUCUUUCAACCCCUUCUUUGCAUUCUGGUUGUCCACCACAAGCAGCCAUACCAGUCUGUUCACCUGCUCCCACCGGCUCCAUUCCUGGACCCCGGAGCCCAGCGCCAGCCUCAACCUUCAAAGAGAGAAAUGUUCAUGCCUCAUCUGCUGCAGAGCUGUGCAAGCAGCCAGGAGCAGUCAUAGAAAGUUUUGUGAGCCACUCUCCAGGCGUCUUCUCUGGGACUUUUUCUGGCACUCUGGCUCCUUGCAGUCAGAGCAGUAUCAGCCAUCCUCGAAGCGGCAUCGCCAUCAUUCUCCAGAUCCUCAAUGACCUCCUCAGGACUGCCUAUCACCACCAGGGGGCUCCACCCGCCCUCCCUCAUCUCCACUGUCCUGCUUCAAACCUUCCGGCCAGCCCGCUGCUCACAGCAGAGGAGCAAAGCAAAGCUAAAAGCAAAACACCGGUGACCCAGAGGGCUGAGCAUCUCAGUAAAACUCCAGGCGAGGAGAGUCACCCCGUCCAUUCAUCCACACAGGAGAAUCAAGCGUUGCACUGUAAGCUGGAGCGCCUGCAGUUUUUGAUGCAUCAGAGGCGUCUUCGCAAGCGGACUCGCAGGAACUCACACCUCUCACAAACGUCUCACCCAUACCAGCAUCGUCACCAUCGUCCCUAGUCUUCCGGACGUAAAAGAUCCACCCACUCUGAUAGCAACGGCAGCUUUCUUAAGAGCGACGGUGCCUCCCCUGAUGACGAGAAGGAACCAUCAUGGAAACCAGAGCUGACCCCUGACCUUGUGAAAUGGGUGAAAGAGCAACAGAGUACAUUCAGGGCCAUUAAAGGUUUCUGAGAUGGAGAUGUUUGUUGCUAUUUUUACACUAUGAGCUUUCUGAAGAAUGUAAGCCCAAAAGAUCCGAGGAGUCUGAUUCCUGCGGCUUUCACUGCACUGAGCACGUUACUUUAUCUGAGUCCGUCCUUCAGUGACACUGGCUCUCAUUGUUAUGUAGCAUAUGUCACAAAAGGUUCCAAUGUAUGUUUUCAUGUUAUACAUCUUGGUGUUUUGUACAAAGACCUCUUACUGUAUGUUUGUUUAUGUAUUCUAAUGCCUUAACCAUACAUGUCUUGAAUGUAAACUGUAUUGUUUUGUUCUGUGCAGAGGAUGUUCCUCUGAAAUGUUUUACUUAUGCAAUAUUAAAAUGUCAACGAGAGGAAGGAAAAAAAUAUGCCAAGAAUAAAGGAUAAAGUUGAAAAACCUGGA